AUGAUCAUUACAAAUUUAUUUUUUUCACAGUCAUAUGAAGAUUUAGUUGCCAGACUUGAACCAGUUAUUAUGGAACUCGAAAGGCAGGAGAACGUUCUCGUUGUAGCUCAUCAAGCUGUGUUGAGAUGCCUUUUGGCGUAUUUCAUGGAUAAAAAUUCAGAGGAUCUCCCUUACCUUCGAGUACCCUUGCAUACUGUUCUCAAGCUAACCCCUGUGGCUUAUGGUUGUGAAAUGAACCUUUUUAAGCUGCCAGUUGAUGCUGUUGACACUCAUCGUGACAAACCGCUGAUUCCUGGAACAUUAGACGAGAAGUGGAAGGGUGGGGAUCUCUUAAAACAAUGAAGAACCAAUGUCAUGCAGAUUUAUCAAAGUUAUAUAGAACCUUUUUAACUUUGUUCUGUAUUAUACUUUUCAGAAGUUGUAGACUCUUUUUGCACACAAUGAAUUUAUUUAAUGUUAUAUGCACACAUUUGUUACUCUCCACUAAGGACGGAGAGUUCGUAAUCUUUUUAAAAAUGUUCAGAGAUGUGAAUGAUUUUGCUGAUUAAGAAAUGAGAUCCUCGGUUUGUGAGGUGUUCACGGAACUUUAGUCAUUGCUAAAGAAAGACUGGGCAUUAUCAAACUUUUUGUUUUAUUGAUUAUUUGUAAAUUGAUACUUAGAAACAGGUAGGAACAAUAAGACAUAAAAAUAAUAGUAGUUAAUGGAAUUUUCUGCAUUUGUUAGAUAGAUUUUGUUAGUACUGGAGUUCUAAACUUCACGUUAUUAUAAAAAUCUUACUGUGGAAAACUUUAUAUUUGUACUUAUGUAGAGUUUCAGCUUAGAAUUCCCUAGCAUUUUGAGGUAAACAUUCAUAAGUUGUGAGAACAAAUUAUAUGUUGUGAUUGAAAUGAAAAUGGGCUUAUUGUUCAAUUUUUUUGCAAAUGUUUAUUCGUGAAUAUUUUCUUCGGGUACUUUUAGAACCAAAGUGGUCGAUUUUGUUCCCACAAAACAUUGAAUAUAUAUGAUGCUUAAUUAAAGUACGUUAACUUGUGUAGUUAUCAUUUGAUUAUUGUAGUGGUGCCUUUAAUUUAUCUUUAAGAUUUUAUUUCUAUUUUAUCACAAUUUUGAAUGUAUCGGUUUUUUUUUUUACAGCUGUGAGUUUGAAACCAAACGUGUAUAAGAUUUUUCUGUUUUAUCACAGGGUUGUGAAUUUAUCGGGUUUUGUUUUGGUACAGCCGUGAGUUUCUUAGAAACAAGGAUAUUUAUUAACUUGUGUACAAAAACUUGCAAGUAAUCAUUGCGACAAUAAGGAUUUUGUUGCAAGUUGUAUUCUACCAGUAUUUCUGUGUGGAAGAAUAAAAUCGGCCAGUUGCUAGCAUUGAUAUCACCUAAAAACCCACACAUCUGUCAAAAUUUCGAUAUAAAAUCGACCAGUUGCUAGCAUUGAUAUCACCUAAAAACCCACACAUCUGUCAAAAUGUCGAUAUAAAAUUGGCCAGUUGCUAGCAUUGAUAUCACCUAAAAACCCACACAUCUGUCAAAAUGUAGAUAUAAAAUCGACCAGUUGCUAGCAUUGAUAUCACCUAAAAACCCACACAUCUGUCAAAACGUCGAUAUAAAAUUGGCCAGCUGCUAGCAUUGAUAUCACCUAAAAACCCACACAUCUGUCAGAAUGGCUAUUUUUUAAUAUUUUGUCUGUUUAAAUAAAAUCUUUAUGCAGUCCUAACUUAAGAAUGUAAUAAAACUUCCUUAUAAGGUGGAUAAAACAAUUGAUAAAAUGUUAGUUUCUGAAUUAGUAGUUGCUUGUUUUAAAAUAUUAUGUUUGUAAUAUCAUAUGUAAGGUUCAAAAGGAACUAGAACAAUUAAAGUCUUAUUAUUAUUUAUUUCA